ACGAGCCCCGGAUUCAGGCGCACAUCACGAAGAACAGCCUUUGCUCUACAGCGCACGAGGUGUACAGCAGCAACAUGUCUGACGAUGGAAAACUGUUCGUCGGCGGGCUUAGCUUCGAGACAACGGAGCAAACCCUUGAAGAAGCUUUCUCUCAGUACGGGAAUAUCUCAAACGUUCACGUAGCCAGAGAUCGGGAAACUAGUAAACCGCGAGGCUUUGGCUUCGUCACAUUUGAAAACCCGGACGAUGCGAAAGACGCCUUGGAGGGGAUGAAUGGACAGUCUGUCGACGGCAGAACGAUCCGCGUGGACAGGGCCGGAAAGCCUGGCGGUGGUGGUGGCGGCGGCUACCGUGGCGGCGGAGGCGGCGGCGGAUACCGUGGCGGUCGUGGAAGAGGAGGAUACGGAGGCGGUGGUGGAUACCAAAGCGGCGGUGGAGGAUAUGGAGGCGGCGGUGAUCGUGGAUACGGUGGCGGUGGAGAUCGUAGCUACAGCAGAGGCGGUGGCGGCGGCUACAGCCGGAGUGGGGGCUACAACUCGGGAGGAGGAGGCGGCGGCGGCGGCUACUGAGAUCGACACAUCACAAAGAUGCUCACCGCGAGAAAACCCAAAUUGGUCAAGUUCUCUCUUGUUUUCUUGGCGAUUUGCAAAUCGCGUUUUCCUAUGUUGAAUUUUACUUACUUAAAAGACAGUUAGAUCAAGUUAAAAGCAAAUCUGCCUCGUUGUUGGCAUAUCACACAGUCUCAUUUGCAGCCAAUUCUUGGUCCUUCAUCCAGUAAAAUCAGACAGCCUCGUUUGUGAACCAAAAAAACGAAUUAAUCUUUUUGUAAAAUUUUUGCUUUGUCAUAGUGGAUGGUGACUUCCUGCUUUCUUUUGGGCCCAACCAAUCCGAACAGUUUUUGUUCCGUUGUAGUUUUUUUGAAAGAACAGAGACGUGUCUGCCACACAGGCAUCCUUACGACCAAACUAAAUUGUCACUGUCUUAUUUUGGCUGAAACGCCGCAUUUAAUAGGGUCCAUGCAGUUUUUCAUGAAGCGCUUGCCAAACCAGAAAAAGAAGUAUUUGUGUGAGGUGACGUAACGUAACGCGGGGUGGGGGAGGGGCACGAUCCAGUUUCCAAAGCAUGGCUUCCUUUCAGACUGGUGAACUGCCCUGCUACUACUGGACCAGAAUCGGCCCGCUACUGGCCCAGCCUCAGCUCAGCCCCUCCAGGGCUCACUACCCCCCUCUUCAGUCAUUCUGAGGUAUCAGAGACUCCUGCUCCUCCGAGCCUACAGUUUCUCUUGCUCUUUUUUUUAUUUUUAUUUUUUUGUAUUGUUUUUUUCCACUGUAAACUAUGGACUUGAAACAAACUGUUAGGCUAAAGGAAACCAGAACAGCAACAAACGUAAACGAAAAAAAAAGUAAUCACUGUCGGGGAGAACCUGUUCAAACCUGUUCACACGUGCUGAUAUAUCCUCCCUUCGCAUAGAGGGGAGAGAACGUUACUCUGUGCCCUCCUCUCUCUCUCUCUCUCUGUACCAACUCUUAUUUGACAUUCCUCAGUUCCUUUGUUGUUGGUUCUUAUGUGUGUGUGUUUUCAUUUUUGGCUUCAUGAAGCCCAAUUAAACGAUGGAUUUGUUGAAAAAAAA